ACGUGGUGACACAUGACAACAAAGCAGUAAACUACAUUAGCAAGGUCGAAAGUAGGACAAUAGUAGACUUUGUACUUCAUGUUUGUCCAAAUUUCUUGUUUUACUGACCACGGACUCUUGCCUUUUGGAAACAUCACGGGACAAUAGCAGCAGAGUGCUCUGCACAUCCUAAGCGGUGUUUUGUGCGUGCAGUUUCAGCAUUUAGCUUGUUUAGCAGUCAUCAUGGCUAUGGUAGGGCUGAGAGCUUCUUACCACAGAAUCCUCGACAGGAUCGAGCAUACGCUGCCGGCUAAACUGAGACCUUUUUAUAACCACCCUGCAGGUCCAAAGACUGUUUUCUUCUGGGCACCAAUGUUUAAAUGGGGUCUGGUCUUAGCUGGCUUAGCAGACAUGACACGUCCAGCAGAUAAACUCAGUACCUCCCAAUCUGCUGUGUUGACCGCCACAGGACUUAUUUGGUCCAGGUACUCUUUGGUCAUUAUACCAAAGAACUGGAAUCUCUUUGCUGUAAACUUCUUUGUUGGAGGUGCAGGAGGAUCACAGCUCUUCAGAAUAUGGAAGUAUAACCGGGAACAGAAGGCAAAGGAGAAAGAAGCUCAGGCUUGAUACCAAUGCUGUGCAAAGUGCUUCCAGAGGACCGAAAGGGAUUCUCCUCAACUGGUACCACAGAAACUUUCCCUCCUUCAUCAGUCUCCACACACUUUCUUCAUGAACAGAGAUCAUCUGAUUCUUUUAAAGUUCAGGUCAUUGUCCUGUGCCACUAGUACCUAAAGCAACAAUUAUUACGGUUGUUGAUAACGCACAAAAUGUUA